CUCUUUCUUUCUUUCUUUCUUUCUUUCUUUCUUUCUUUCUUUCUUUCUUUCUUUCUUUCUUUCUUUCUUUCUUUCUUUCUCUCUUUACUCAAGUUGUCAGUAUCCAGAAGCUGCCUGUUAAGGCAGCUAAAGCUCUCACUUUCCCUGUCAAAGGCUGGCGAGGAAUGGUGGAUUGGGCUCGCAAUGCAGAAGACAAGGUCACCAUAUCGAAAAGCAUCUUCUCCACGGGAGCAUCAGAGACCGAUGACUCCGCCGUCUUUGUGGUGGGCACGGUGAUUUAUCGCAACCUGGCUGGGAUCCUGGGCCUGCAGAGGAAUACCACAGUACUCAAUUCGCGCAUCAUCUCCGUGACUGUCAAGCCAGAACCUCAAUCCCUGGUCGCCAUGAUGGAAAUCGAAUUCUCCCAUUUGUAUAAUGGGACCACAAAUCAAACCUGCAUUGUCUGGGAUGAAGCUGAUGUACCCUCCUCCUCCUCCUCCUCCAUCGCCACCUCCUCCUCCUCCUCCUCUUCUUCCUCCUUCUCUCCAUCUCAGCUUGGCGCCUGGUCCUGGAAAGGCUGCCGAACCGUCCUCGUCGAUCCUUUCCGUACCAAAUGCUUCUGUGACCGGAUCUCUACCUUCGCCAUCUUAGCCCAGAUUGCUGCUGACAUGAAUACGGAAAAAGUGCUCGUCCCUUCGGUCACGUUGAUCGUUGGCUGUGGGGUGUCCUCUCUGACCCUCCUUCUCCUGAUCAUCAUUUAUAUCUCGGUCUGGAGGUAUAUCCGCUCCGAACGGUCGGUCAUCCUGAUCAAUUUCUGCCUUUCCAUCGUCUCUUCCAAUGCCCUCAUCCUCAUCGGACAAACUCAAACCCGGAACAAGGUGAUCUGUACCUUGGUGGCAGCUUUCCUCCACUUCUUCUUCCUCUCCUCCUUCUGCUGGGUGCUGACCGAAGCUUGGCAAUCAUACAUGGCCGUGACGGGCAGACUACGAAACCGGAUCAUCCGUAAACGGUUCCUGUGUCUCGGAUGGGGUCUCCCUGCCUUGGUGGUUGCAAUCUCUGUGGGAUUUACUAAAGCCAAGGGCUACGGCACCGGGAACUACUGUUGGCUCUCUUUGGAGGGAGGCCUGCUCUAUGCCUUCGUGGGACCGGCGGCUGCUGUGGUUUUGGUAAACAUGGUUAUUGGCAUUCUGGUGUUUAACAAACUUGUAUCCAAAGAUGGAAUAACAGAUAAGAAACUGAAGGAACGGGCAGGUCAGAUGGCCGUGCCCCUUUACGGCAUCACGCUCAAAUGUUCCAAGUGUGGAGUGGUGUCUUCUCCCGACGUUUCGGCCACAGCCACCAGUAACGCCAUGUUAGUUCCUCUAAUUUCAACUUCCUUUCUUUUUCUGAUGAGGAUCAAUCCCUGCAGUUAUGAAUACCUUCUGAAAUUCCAUCUCUUUCCUCCUGAUUUGUUAGUGCUCAACAAGGACAUCAGUACGUGUCGCACUAUGACCAUCACAGGGACUCUGAAGCGCCCAUCCCUGCAGGACGAGGAGAAGCUGAAGCUCAACCACCAGAAAGGGUCCUCCAACUUCAACAGUCUUCCAGCCAACGUCUCCAAGAUGCAUCUCCAGAGCUCCCCACACUACCUGGGCGCCAUCAACCUCAAUGACUUCAACAACCACACCUUGACUUUGAAGAAGGACAAAAGCCAACCUCCGAAAUCCAUCUACAUCUGCGAUGGAGAUAUCUUCAAAAAGCUGGAUUCGGAGCUCUCGCGGGCACAGGAUCAAACCAGGGACACCAGCUACGUCAUUCUGCCCACCAGCACCUCCACCUUGAGGCCCAAGCCGCCUCCACCACCACCACCACCUCCACCUCCACCACCGCCCAAGGAUGACACCAAGUACAGCAUCAACAUUGACCAGAUGCCCCAGACGAGACUCAUCCACCUCAGCAUGGCCACAGAUCCGGGCUUUGUGGUCAAAAGCCCCCCAAGAGAACCUGCAGGCAUCAGCUGUGGAGAAGGACAAGCUUCUUCAAUGAUGCAGCAGCAACCAUUGUCUCCUCCGUUGGUCAAUAAAUCCACGGACUCACAGAUGCCCAACAGCUUGUGUGACACGCUCAAGACCAGUAAUACUGGAAUCAUGACCAAGAAUGAGACAGUCGCCACCCUCUCCAUGAGUUCCCUAGAAAGGCGGAAAUCCCGAUAUGCAGAACUAGAUUUUGAGAAAAUCAUGCACACAAGAAAACGUCACCAAGACAUGUUCCAGGACCUGAACCGGAAGUUGCAACAUGCAGAGAAGGAGAAAGAAUCUCCACCAAUGGAGACUAAGGCCAUGAAAAGAUGGAGCGUUUCCUCAGGUGGCAGUGAUAAAACUAACACCAGCCAAGAGAAGCAGCAGACACCAAACAAGAGACCUUGGGAAGGGCUCCGGAAGGUCCACUCGCCCCCAGCGUGGGUCAAAAAAGAGAUGGAGACUGAGAUUCAAUCUCCCUUAGAACUCAAAACUGUGGAAUGGGAGAAGACGGGCGCAACAAUUCCCCUGGUGGGACAGGACAUUAUUGACCUCCAGACAGAGGUCUGAGGAGGAGGAGGAGGAGGAGGAGAGAAGAAAAGAAUAAUAAUAAUAAUAAAAGACUCUUUGGGUGUUUUUCCUCACCCCACUGGAAAACUAAACAAGAACAAAACACAAGCAGGUUAGGAAUUUUUUUAAAAGAAAAAGAAAGAAAGAAUGAAUGAAAGAAAGAAUGAAAGAAAGAAAGAAAGAAGAAUGAUUGAAUGAAGGAAAGAAAGAAAGAAAGAAAGAAAGAAGAAUGAUUGAAUGAAGGAAAGAAAGAAAGAAAGAAAGAAAGAAAGAAAGAAAGAAAGAAAGAAAGAAAGAUGAAUGUGGAAUUAAAAUGCAGAGAACUGGAGUCUCGCUGAAACAUGAUUGCUCCUAAGAGGAAAGUACAAGACAAUCUUGGUUAUGUUCUCCGUAGACUGAGAUGGAGGGUGGGAGAGAACUAUUCCUUUUUUGAGCACAGUAGCGGUAGGGGAAACAAAACCUGAGCUUUCCUGGGUAAGAAAGAAAGGUUGACCGGAGGGAAGGGUGGAAAUUGGGGGUGGGGGGGAGAGGAAAAAAAAAGAAGAAUUAAAACUUUUCCAAAACAUUCUUAGAGGAAAAAAAAAGGGGGACGAGUGGAGGGUUUUUGGUGUGGAUAGCCACGCGAAUGUCGGGAAUGACAAAAGAAUGUGGCAAGCGGAAGAACGACACCAAUGGAAGACCAAAUCAGCAAGCAGAUCACACUGGUGGCACACUGGGGGGGGGCACCAACUAUUGGACGCUAAUCUACUCGCCCUUGGCUCCUGAAUCCAUGAGGAACGCGAAAGAGAAAAACGCACCAUCGCCCGUCCACACCUCCUCAUCACUCGUGCAAAAACAUCAGACUCUCAGAAGAAGAGAGGUCUCACCUUCACGUCAGACAUCUCCGCCAACCCUCCACAAGCUCAUUCAGAGAACACGGGUGGAGAAAGAGAACCAAGGGAGAUGGAGAAAUCGUCCGCGUGAAAGAUUUCAAAUCGGUUUCUUCUAUUCCAACCUCUUCAACCAUCAUUAACUCAAAGGCGACGUUUUGGACAACGGAGAAUCUCCUCUUAAAAGAGACUUCAAAUCCGUUCAACUGGAUAACAACCACCACCACCACAAAACCUGCUUUACUGGGUGAAAGGGAGGGUUUUUUAAAAAAAAAAUAAAAAAAAAUAAAAACUAAAUAACAGGAAAAAGAAAACAACGAACAAAAAGGAACGUAGGUCAUCUUAUUGACUCGUGGUCCAUCCUCCAGAAACUCAUGGUGGGCUUUUGUUCCAAACGCUCCUGUGGAUUCAGCUGUUUGUUUUUUCCCCCUCCUAUUUUUCAUUUUCAAAAGACUACUAGACCCUUCCCCAUCUUUUCAACCUCAUCCACUUUUCAAAAGCAGAAAAGUUUUCAGCGAACCGACUUGGAGACGUGGAGGCGAUGGGAGAACAUUUGCCUUAGACUUUGAGACAAACCGAGACGAACAAAAAACACACACAGUGAGUAACGUUCACUUGGGGAAAACAAACUCUAUUUUUUUCUUCGGUUUUUUUUUUCCUUUUCUUCAAUAAAAAGAGAAUUUGAAACCCACAAA